AAUUUUCCAUAUUUGGUGAAAAUAAUCAAGUGGUGGAAGAAAUCUAUAAAGAAAUAUGGAGUAUAAAUCAUACGUCCAAGCGUAAAAUACAAUACAAUUAUUUGAUUUGCAUGAUUGAUACACUUAAAAAGUGGGUCUGAUGAAUGCUUAUCGUCUAAUAAAAAAAUGUUUAUCUCAAGUUCGUUUUAUCAAUAGCAGAGUAAGAACCUCCUCAAUUCGUAUCAAUUGCAUAUACAACGAACAUGUUUUUCUACGAGUUGAUUCUCAUAAUAAUUCUGGUGAAGAUAUGCUUCAAACUGACCAAUGGUAUAUGCAAAAGCAAUGCGAGUCUCAUCGGUAAAACUGCUUUAGUCACUGGCGGCAAUUCAGGCAUUGGAUAUCAUACGGCGCUGGGUUUAGCAGCGAGAGGAUGCAGAGUUAUAAUAGCUAGCAGAAGUUGCAGCGAGGAUGUUAAGAAUCAGAUAAUUCAACAUACAAACAAUCCGAAUGUGGUGAUCAAAAACUUUGAUUUGGGUUCGCUGGCGUCGAUCCGGCGCUUUGCUCAAGAAUUGAACGAGGAGGAAGAGAAGAUCGACAUCCUGAUUAACAAUUCGGGCUCAAGCGGUUUCGGCAACAAAUUCACCGAGGAUGGCCUUCAUCUUGGCAUGCAGAUCAACCACUUUGGGCCAUUCCUAUUGACGCAUCUACUAAUCGGUUUGCUGAAAAAGUCCGAGUCCGCCCGAGUCAUCUUCCACAGUUCCUACUUGAGUUUCUUCAACAAUCUGAGUCUUGAAAAUCUGAACAACCCGUACUGUUCCAAAGAUCAAAGUUUGACCAGCAGCAAGAGCGACGCCUUGACGUACUCCAACAGCAAAGCGUGCAACAUCAUCGUGGCCAAUGGAUUCGCGGAAAGACUCUCCAAGUUCGGAAUCGACGUGAACUCGCUUCAUCCCGGCAACGUUCACACUCAAAUCUUCUCACUCGCCUUCAAUCCUCAUCAUUCGAAGUCUUUCAUCAAGGCAUUCUACGCCACCCUCGGCUUUUUCUUUAAGACGCCGUUCGAAGGAGCCCAAACCACUUUGCGUCUCGCCAUCUCCAAUAAGCUUAAGGGCACCACCGGCAAACACUACUGGGAUUGCGUACAGUUCCCGUUCCUACCGGGCGUUGUCAAGGAUAAGCAGAUUUCUUCAAAAAUCUGGACGAAAAGUGAGGAAUUGGUGAAACUCACGCCCGAAGAGAAAAUCUAGAUUUUAUAAAAAAAAAUAUUAAUUGACUAAUUUCAAUAAAUUGUGGAAUAAUAAACAAUAAUAAUUGUAUCAUGGUAUAACGCAGGACUUGGAAAAAUUUUGGACUCAACAGUCAUUUUUAUCAAUAUAUCAAACAAAAAUAA